GCUCGCUCGCUCUCGCGCGCGCGCUCCCGCCCGCCGCCUGUGGGGAAGUCGGGGCCGCCCGAGCGGCCGCCGCCACCGCCGCCUCGUCCCAGUCUCCUCCUCACCCGGUUCCCCCCCACCUCCCGGCGCCGGCCCUCCCGCCCGCGCACCCCCGCACCCCGAGUAGUGAGCGGCUCCGCGCGGGGUCCGGAGAGGCGGCGCGGCGGCGCCAGGUGGUGUUUAAACCAUGUUCAGGAGGAUUUUGCAGAGGACUCCUGGGAGAGUUGGCUCUCAAGGUUCUGAUUUAGAUUCAUCAACAGCUCCUAUAAAUGCGGUGGAGGUCAAUAAUGAAAGCUCUUCAGAGGGCUUCAUAUGUCCUCAGUGUAUGAAAUCUCAUGGAUCAGCUGAUGAACUUUUCAAACACUAUCAGGCAGCUCAUGAUGAUGGUCAUGGAGGAGAGGCUAAUCUUGCUCCGAAACGAGAUGAUAUAACUCUACUCAGACAAGAAGUUCAAGACCUACAGGCUUCUCUUAAGGAAGAAAAAUGGUACUCAGAAGAAUUAAAGAAAGAAUUAGAAAAGCUUCAAGGACUACAGCAGCAAGAGCCAAAACCUGAUGGAUUGGUGGCUGAUUCACCAGCAGAGCUGCAGUCUUUGGAACAGCAAUUAGAAGAAGCCCAAACAGAAAAUUUUAAUAUUAAGCAAAUGAAAGAUUUAUUUGAACAGAAAGCAGCUCAACUUGCCACUGAAAUUGCAGAUGUAAAGUCAAAAUAUGAUGAAGAAAAGAGUCUACGAGAAGCUGCUGAACAAAAAGUGACACAUCUGACAGAAGAAUUAAAUAAAGAGGCAACUGUAAUUCGAGAUUUGAAGACUGAACUGCUUCAGAGACCAGGUAUAGAAGAUGUUGCUGUGCUAAAGAAAGAACUGGUUCAAGUUCAGACACUAAUGGACAACAUGACCUUGGAACGUGAGCGAGAAUCUGAAAAACUCAAAUAUGAGUGCAAAAAGUUACAAGCCAACUAUUCUGACUCAGAGGCCACAAUAAGCCAGCUAAGGAGUGAACUUGCCAAAGGUCCCCAGGAAGUUGCUGUAUAUGUGCAGGAACUGCAAAAGCUUAAAAGUUCAAUUAAUGAAUUGACACUAAAAAAUGAGACCUUGAGUGAAAAGCUGCUGAAGAAAGAACAAGAUUAUACCCAGUUGGAGGAGAAGCAUAAUGAAGAAUCUGUGAGUAAAAAGAAUAUACAAGCAAGCCUUCAUCAAAAAGACCUAGAUUGCCAACAACUUCAGUCAAGAUUAUCUGCAUCUGAAACAUCACUACAAAGAGUACAGGCAGAGCUAGGUGAAAAGGGAGAAGCUACUCAGAAACUUAAAGAAGAAUUAUCAGAGGUAGAAACCAAGUACCAGCAUCUUAAGUCAGAGUUUAAACAACUACAACAACAGAGAGAAGAAAAGGAGCAGCAUGGGUUACAGCUCCAAAGUGAAAUUAAUCAAUUGCAUAGCAAGCUUUUGGAGACAGAGCGCCAAUUAGGAGAAGCUCAUGGUCGACUAAAAGAGCAGAGACAGCUUUCUAGUGAAAAGCUUAUGGAUAAAGAACAGCAAGUAGCUGAUCUUCAACUCAAGCUUUCUCGUUCAGAAGAACAGUUGAAGGAAAAAGUAACACAUUUCACAGAACUACAACAUCAGUUAGAGAAAACAAAGCAGCAGCAUCAAGAGCAACAGGGCCUUCAGCAAAGCACUACAGCAAAACUCCGAGAAGCACAGAAUGAUUUGGAACAAGUACUACGUCAAAUUGGUGAUAAGGAUCAAAAGAUACAGAAUCUUGAAGCUUUAUUACAGAAGAGUAAAGAAAAUACUUCCUUAUUAGAAAAGGAAAGAGAAGAUCUUUAUGCAAAAAUUCAGGCUGGUGAGGGAGAAACUGCUGUUCUCAACCAGUUACAAGAGAAAAACCAUACAUUACAGGAACAGGUAACUCAACUAAUGGAGAAGCUGAAGAAUCAAUCAGAAAGCCACAAACAAGCCCAGGAGAAUUUGCAUGACCAGGUGCAGGAGCAGAAGGCACAUCUGAGAGCAGCACAAGACCGUGUCCUUUCCCUGGAAACCAGUUCUAAUGAAUUAAACAGUCAGCUGAAUGAGAGCAAAGAGAAGGUCUCCCAGCUUGAAAUACAGAUUAAAGCCAAAACUGAAUUAUUAUUAUCAGCAGAAGCAGCAAAAAAUGCACAAAGAGCAGAUCUUCAAAAUCAUUUGGACACUGCCCAAAAUGCAUUACAAGAUAAACAGCAGGAGUUAAAUAAGAUCACUACUCAAUUAGAUCAGGUCACUACAAAGUUGCAGGAAAAGCAUGAACAUUGCAGUCAGCUGGAAAGUCAUCUUAAAGAACAUAAAGAGAAGUGUCUCUCUUUAGAGCAGAAAACCGAAGCUCUGGAAGGUCAAAUUAAGAAAUUAGAAGCUGAUACAAUUGAAAUUAAAGCAAACAAGGAACAAGUUCUGCAGGAUUUGCAACAGCAAAGACAAUUGAACACAGACUUAGAGUUUAGAAAUACCGAAUUGAGUAAGCAACUUGAAAUGGAAAAAGAAAUAGUAUCCAAUACAAAGUUGGAUCUACAGAAAAAAUCUGAAGCUCUUGAAAAUGUUAAGCAAAUGCUUUCAAAACACGAGGAAGAAAAAAUAGUCCUUAAACAAGAAAUUGAAAAUUUAAAUCAAGCUGCAAAGAUACAACACAAGGAAUUGAAUAGCAGAAUUCAAACUGCAGCAACAGAACUAGAAAAAGUGAAGACGGAGAAAGAAACUCUAACGACUGAACUUUAUACAACAAAAGAGAAAUUAUCAAAAGUUUCUGAUUCUUUGAAAAACACCAAGAGUGAAUUUGAAAAGGAAAGUCAGAAAGGAAAAUCUGCUAUAUUAGAUUUGGAAAAGACUUGUAAAGAAUUAAAGUCUCAACUUCAAGUACAGACAGAAAGCACACUUAAGGUUCAAAAUGAACUGGAAAAGUCACUUGAAAAAGAGAAGGAGAUUUCUCAUCAGCUGAAGUUGGAACUCAGUUUAGUGCAGGGUCAAAUCAUACAGGCCCAGGAUUCAUUAAAGCAAAAGGAAAAAGAACAGCAGCAAUUUCAAGGGAACAUAAAUGAGCUCAAACAACUGACUGAACAGAAGAAAAAGCAAAUUGAAGCACUACAAGGAGAAGUAAAGACUGCUCUGGCACAGAAGACAGAGCUGGAGAAUAAACUACAGCAGCAGUCAACACAAGCAUCGCAGGAACUUGCAGCGGAGAAAGAGAAGAUGGCAGUAUUACAGAACACCUAUGAAAAAACUCAAGAAAAUCUGAAACAGCUUCAAUCUGAUUUCUACGGGAAGGAAUCUGAACUUCUAGCCACAAGGCAAGAUCUUAAGUCUGUAGAAGAGAAGCUUUCUCUAGCACAGGAGGACUUAAUUUCAAAUAGAAAUCAAAUUGGAAAUCAAAAUAAACUGAUCCAAGAACUGAAAACAGCCAAGGCUGCUUUGGAGCAGGAUUCAUCAAAGAAAGAACAGCAAUUGAAGGAACAAUGUAAAGCUUUACAGGAUACUCAAAAAGAAAAGUCACUGAAAGAAAAAGAACUACAAAAUGAAAAAUCUAAAUUGACAGAGAUAGAGGAAAUUAAGUGUAGACAAGAAAAAGAAAUUGCUAAAUUGAUUGAAGAACUUAAGUCCCACAAGCAAGAAAGCAUAAAGGAGGUAACAAAUCUCAAGGAUGCCAAACAGCUCCUAAUUCAGCAGAAAUUAGAGCUUCAAGGGAAAUUAGAUUCCCUAAAAGAAACUCUUGAACAAGAGAAGAAAAACCAACAAAUGCUAAAAGAACAGAUGAAAAAAGAAGAAGGUGAACUGAAGAAAGGAUUUAUUGAGAAGGAAACUAAAUUACAAUCUGAAAUAAAGGAAAAAGAAAUAGGAAUGAAGAAGCUUGAAGAAAGUGAAGCUAAACUUACCAUGCAGAUUACAGCUUUAAAUGAAAAUUUAGGCACUGUAAAGAAGGAGUGGCAGGCUAGUCAGCGCCGGGUUAGUGAACUCGAGAAACAAACGGAUGACUUGCGGGGUGAAAUUGCGGUACUAGAAGCAACGGUUCAGAAUAAUCAAGAUGAAAGGAGAGCACUAUUAGAAAGAUGUAUUAAAGGAGAAGGGGAAAUAGAAAAGCUUCAAACAAAAGUGCUGGAACUGCAGAGAAAGCUGGAUAAUACGACUGCAGCCGUGCAAGAGCUGGGCAGAGAAAAUCAGUCGCUUCAGAUCAAACAUACACAAGCAUUGAAUAGAAAGUGGGCUGAAGACAAUGAAGUACAAAACUGUAUGGCCUGUGGGAAAGGCUUUUCAGUGACAGUGAGACGGCAUCACUGCAGACAGUGUGGGAAUAUCUUCUGUGCUGAAUGUUCAGCUAAAAAUGCCUUAACUCCUUCUUCCAAGAAGCCUGUUCGUGUCUGUGAUGCAUGUUUCAAUGAUUUGCAAGGGUAAUGAGUUAUCACAAUUUCAAAGUAAUAUUAUAUGAAUAAUAGAUUUUUAAUAAACACCCUUAUUAGUGGUCUUGGACUAAUCUUUGAUUUGGACAGUGGUUACAAUACUAUACCAAAUUAGAAUUCAUAUAUUUUGGAAUGUUAUAUCAGGUAAAACUCUUCUAUUUUUGUGAGACUUGGGCUUAUCUUUCAUUACUUUUCCCCAUUUAACCUCUGGAACAGUUUUCACACCAAGUUUAGAAUUAGCCAAUGAAUUGUAAAUAAACUUUGGACAGAAAAUAGCAAUGUAUUUUUUUAAAUAUAAUUUCAUUGUUCACAAAUAACAUAAAUACAUUUCUAUAGCUUCUUUCUCCCAAAUUUAGUGUACAGAAAUGUAUAUGGAUGAUGUUAUCACAUAAUAUAUGUUGCACAAUAAUACAUUAAUUAUAUUAAAUAUUCUCUUUGUGAAGUCAUGCACAGAACCAUAAAACAUUUUCUCUUAACUAUAGCUCAGUUAUAUUGUUAUGUUACAAAUUUACAUAUGCUGUGUGUAUUCUAAACACAUUUUAUAGAGAAUUAUGUAUUAACCAUGACUUGAACAUGGUUAUCUUUUUAACAAUACUGAUCAAAUUCUCUUUAGAGAUUUCAUGAAAACCUCUGAAAAACCAGUUUCCUUACAUAUGGCUAUCCUGGGCUUGUAUUUUUAAAGAUUUGGGUUCAACUUUUCUUUUUCUCAUUCUAUCUAAUUUUAAAUACAUAUUUUUUAUUAAGAAUCCUUUGAAACUUCGCCCACACCUCCAGUUGGGGGAUGAAUAAGAGAAACUGUGUAAUGAUCAAAUUCUCAGUUUCUUGUACGUGGGAUAUCUCCUGGUAUUAGCUUUAAUAUUACACCUUAAUUUUGUUUCUCCAGCAUCUUUAGGAAUCUGAACUUUUUAAAAAUCAGUUUGCACUUUUUUUUGAUUUAGGCUUCUCAAGCAUAGUUCAGCUUCUCAGUAAUUAUUUCUAUGUUUGCAUCCUAAAGCUAGUAACUAAUAGUAUUAAAGUCUUACCUGUGAGAAAAAGUACAAAAUGAUGAUAAGACAUUAAGUAUUAUACUUUUUAUAUCAGUCUAGAUCUACUAGGGAAGAAUUUAAGUUGUGGAUUUGAAACUUAAAUGGUCCUAAAUUUGGGAUUACAUAUCUUUUACUUGCAAACAUAGGCUACUUUCAGACAAUAGCUGGAGAAUAAGAGUACCACCAAAAACAAAUGUAUUUAGGAAUCCUAAAGUUAAAUUAGAAGUGAAACAGAAUAGCUAAUUAAAGAUUAUUUUAAAUUAUUUCAUUUGCAUGCUAAGCAGUAACAUUGAACUUUUUCAAUUUUAUUUGGAAAAUAAUCGUCUGAAUAGAAAAAUAUUGUCUCUUUCUGGAGAAGAAAUGUGUAGUUGCUACAUUUCUGUAAGUGCAAUCAUUUGGUAAUUAUAGCAGGGAAGGAUGGUAGUUAAUAUUUCAUUUAUAGUAGACUUUAUUUAAAACAUCUUACUGAAAUGAAGUCAUUUUUAUGCUCCAAAUAUAUAUAUAGUGUAAGAUUGCCACAUUCAUUUAUCAUGAAAAAGUACUAAGUAAAACUUGUUGUCAGUAGCUAUUGAAGACACUGAUUAAGCCCUUGAACUUGAAUAAACAUAUAUCCUUGAGCAUAUAUUAAUGAGAAAAUAUAAUUGCUCUUAAUUUAAAAUGAUAGUUGGAUACUAUAAAUUAAGCUACUGUUAGACAUUUUCAUUAGCCAACUCUUUUUACACAUAAAUGACUUAAGUGCAUAAUUAGAAAAGUAUAUUUACAGCAUUUUUUUAUUUUUAAAAUAUAAUGAAGCAUCAGAAUUUUUCUGGAUUAGAAUGAUGCUUCUCUUAAUCUCCUAAUUGGGUGCACUUAUGUCCUUUCUUUUGUUCUAUUUCCCUGCCCAUAUAUUCACCAAAAUUGUAAAACCACAGACAAAUCAUAUGCGUUAGGGCGGUUUUUCUAUUUUUUGUCUGUCUCAUUUUACAGCCCUCCCUCUACCUGCCUAUCUCACUCUUCUGUCACCCCCAUCCCAGUUUACCAUAAGUCAUACUGAUAAUAUUAGAAACCUCAAUUUUGCUAUUAACUCUCACUAAUUUAAGAUGUUUUGGAAACAAAAGUUAAAGGGUUUUCAUAUUCUCUUAAUUUUAAAAAGUCAUACUCUAAGCCCUUAUUGGCGCUACAGUUUAGAUAUCUGCUGGUCGUAUUAUUCCGUCUGUAAUUGGAGUAGGCAUAUAUAGAGAACCAGUUCUUGACUCUAAUAAUGCUAAGCAUAUUGGCAUCACGUAGUAAAUUCCAAACCCCAGCAAGGUGAGUUUCUUUCACAUCUUGCUGGGUAAGUGUGUAACUAAGUAUACUUGCAGAAUUUAAAAAAAUAGAGUACAAUGCUGCUGGUCUAAGAAUUGUUCAUUUUGAAAAACGUGAGGGGGGAAAAACACAAACACCUCAAUGCAGUGUACAAAUAACAUUUUGUUCAACUACCUCUUAAUGUGGAAUUAGCUAGUUUAAUAGUUUCCUCAUGGUAAUGUUAAAUAGUAACUGCCAAAUUUGCUAGUUUCCCAUCUCCCUCUAAAAGGCUUUAUGAUUAUUUUAUAGUAUCAAGAACCUUAAAAGCCCCCUUUUAUAAACUUGCAUUUGCAUAAAAUGUUUAGCUUUUAAGUGGAGAGCAAAUUAUGAUUUUAUAUUUUGGUAUUCAUCAAAUAUUUGACUAUAGCUUUUUUUAAAAAAUGCACUUUGGCUUAUAAAACCAUGGAUGAUUUGAUCCAUAUAUUUAAAUGUGCCAUUAAUCUAAUAUUCCUAGACAUGAGCUUGAUGAAUGAUCUCUGUAAUUAUAAUGUGCCACAGGUUAUUGUGUCUUAAUUGCCCUUUGCCUGAAUUUUAAUGAUUGGUUUGUUAUUGUUACAGAUGUUAAUAUUGUGCAUAAACUUACUAAAUUUAUGUAAAAUUGUAUAAAAUAGAAUUGGGUAUAGUUAAGUUUUUUCUGUGUAGCAGUAAUGAUUGUAAUAUUAUGCUGAUAUGUGUAUGACAUUCUCUACUUCCAUGAACUGGAUCAUAUAUAUUCAUAGUUUCUGUAGAUACUUUUGCAUGAAUAUUUUCUCAUUUUGUUUUUAGUUUCUUAUUUGUAUUGUGUUUACUACUUGUGAUCAUGUAGUUGUGCCUUAUUUUGUGAGAAAGUUUAGCUCAGUAAAUACUGUAAUUUCUAAAUGCAGUAAUUGAAGGUUUAUUGAUUAUAAAUGUAACUGCUAAAUUACAUGACAGCAUUUACAUCUUUAUGUAUAAAGAACAAUGGAAGGAUCCUUAUUAAAUUGUUGCUUUUGUUUUUUAAAAUAUGUCAAAGAUUAAAAACCCAUUUCUUUCUAAUAGAUGUCUUCUGUGACAAUUACUUUGUCUUUUUAAAGAGACUACAGACCAAGAUAUUAACCAUUUUGUAUUUAUUUACGGACUGUUUUAACUUUACACUGGGUAUUGACAGAUUACAUUUUAAUAUUGUUUAAAUUACAAUUGAAAUUAAACUCAUAAUUUUUAGA